CUUUCUUUCUUUCUCUCUCUUUUCAUUUUCUUUCCUUCCCAUUCAUGUCACGCCCUCCCUCGUCGUCCUCCUCCUGGACGACCUCGAGUGGCAGCACCCCUCCCCGCAACCACCGCCAUCCCACCAUCUCCACCAUCUUCUCCUUUGCUUGGUUCAAAACCCACAAACGUACCAAAUCUUCCGACACCAACAAACUCUACAAAAAAUACCUCAGAUCCUACAAACUCAAAUAACCAACCACCUUCAUCAUCAUAUCAUAUGCACCACCCAAACCCAAUACCUAUACAAUAUAACACACCUUCAAUCGUAUAGGUAUUUGGGUGCAACAAAACAAUCCAAUUCAAUCAUCAUUUAGAUUAAUUAAUAACCUUCGUUCAAUUCAACAACAAUGUCUCAAAUCCAUGCACCGUUCCAGCUAUUGGAACUCAAUGUGAUUUCUGCACAGGACCUGGCUCCGGUUGGCCGCAACAUGCGAACCUACGCGGUGUCGUGGGUUCACCCGGACCGGAAACUCUCCACCCGCGUCGACACGCAAGGCCACACGCACCCCACAUGGAACGACAAGUUUGUUUUCCGCGUCGAUGAGGAGUUUCUCUAUUCCGACACGUCAGCCAUCAUGAUUGAGAUCUACGCGCUGCAUUGGUUCAAGGACAUUCACGUCGGGACGGUCCGUGUCCUCGUGGGGAACCUCAUCCCUCCGCCAGAGCGGCCGUUUCACAACGACCGCGCCCCGCUUGGGAUGAGGUUCGUUGCACUACAAGUGCGACGUCUCUCUGGGAGGCCCCAGGGGAUUCUCAACAUCGGCGUGGCUGUCCUUGACAGCUCUAUGAGGAGCAUGCCGCUCUACACGCUCAACGCCUCCGCCGUUGGGUACCGUCAUCUCAUGGGGGAGAAGGAUGCCUACGACAGCCAUAACCACCUCAGCCCGCAUGUUUUCAACAACAAUUCCAAACCGGAGCUCCGGCGAACCAAGAGUGAUACCAGCUCCGUCAUGGUUUCGGAAGCUGCCACGCGACGCCAGAGGAAUAUGAUCAAUAUGGGGAAGCCGAAUUCUGACAUUUCCUGUUCAGAAAUCAGCGUGAAAAGCGAUAAUAGCAAGAAGAAGAAGGGGCAAAGGAAGAAGAAGAAGAAAACGUCGUCGUCUAAGCCAAGCUCCGUUCUCAGCGGUGUCUCCGGGAAAAGCGAGAAAACAAGCUCUGUUCUCAGCGACCCUGUUUUGCCGUGGAAGAUUAAGAAUGGGAAACCAACCAGCGCUGACCCUUCUGAUGUGCACGUGGAACCGCCACCGCCGCCACCGUUUGAAGAACCAAGAAACGACGACGGCGAGGUUGAUAACCACGGCGAUGGUGAAGGUUCAACCGUCAACACCGUCUCUGAAACUGGCACAUACGAAACACACAAUGACGAUAUCAGCCAUGAACAGCAGCACCACCUUCCUGUCACCGCCAUGGCUUAUGAAGAAGUUAAGGCAUCGCCGAAACAUCAAUUCAGAAACUCUCCGGCGCAGUUUCAGAGAUCUCCGGCGCCGGCGAAUUUUAAGAAUUCUCCGGCUCCGGCGUAUUAUAAAAGCUCACCUGCACCGGCGUAUUUGAAGAGCUCUCCGGCACCGGAGAAUUUCAGGAACUCGCCUGCUCCGACGCAUUUCAGGAACUCUCCAGCACCAGAGCAUUUCAGAAACUCUCCGGCGCCGGAGCAGUUUAGGAAUACGCCGAAGCCGCAGUUUAGAAACUCGCCGUUGCCGCAGUUUGUGAACUCUCCGAAGCCGCAGUUUGCGAAUUCUCCGAAACAGCAGUUCAGAAACUCGCCGGCGGUGGCAACGCAGUUUCGGAACUCUCCGACGGUGUCGAAGUUCAACCCGGCGGUGGGGUUCGGGGGUUCACACAGGGGGACGCCGCUGCACACGUUCGGGAAGGUGAACCGCGGGUUUGAGUACGCAACGCCGAUGAGGUCGAACCUGGGGAACAUAAGGCCGGUGGUGAUGACGGAAUCAGAGCUGGGCCCGUCGCCGUCAGAGGUGGCGGCGGUGAUGGCGAGGAGGCCGCGGAUUGAGGAGGGAGAAAUCUCCACGGUGGGAGGGUGGAGCCUGGAUGAAAGCGUGGAAGGGCUGCAGUCGAAGCUGGAGAGGUGGCGGACAGAGCUGCCGCCGGUGAUAGACCGCGGUGAAUUCUCGAGCUAUCCAACGACGAGCACCAAGACCAGCCGCCACACGCGGAGGCACACAGAUGGUGGUGCUGGUACUGGUACUGGUACUGGUGGGAAUGGCUUGUUUUCUUGCUUUAGCACUAUCUGUGGAGUUGAGUGCUCCAUCGUUUGUGGUGGUGAUCCUAAGGGCAAAAAGAAGAACAGCCGCCGCCGCAGCAGUCCCUCUACUGCUGUCAGUUCCAGCCUCUGAAACACCAUGUCAUGGGGUUGCAUUGCAUGAUUGUGGAUCCAACAUGAAGAAGAAGAAGAUCAUGGAAAAAAGACUAAACUGUAAUUUUAUUCAUUUUUCUUUAAUUAUUAAUCUGUUUUUGCUAUUACUAGUCUUUCAAAUUGUAUCAUUCUAAGUGCAUUGUCAAUUUCACUUUCCAAUUACCUGAGAUUGCUGGCUUGGACUCGCUCCACAUAAGGCUAUACACAUAUACUGAUAUACAUCAUAUCAUAUAUACUAUUCUAUAUAUCUGUAUUUCCAUUGUGUUUCUUAUAUAGUUGUAGAAUCUCAAUCUGUUGUACAGGAAA